UUUGAAACUUCGGUUGAUCCAUUUAUGUCGACAAAGCCUGAAACACGUUAUCCGCAAAAGGAGUCGCAUCAAAGAUCUCAAGCUGGAACUGAAAGUCUUGGAAGAGCUCGUCUAGUGGCUGGCCUGGAUACGGUGGAGAGCGAGCCUUCAAUCAUGGAUCUAGAGCGCAUCUUCAGACAGGAGCAGGAAAAUUCAAUUGAGCACAAUCCCCAGCCCUCUGGUGAAUUCAGUGUAGGCGUCAGAGACGCAUUGGGCUGA